AUGAGUGAGGAUGAACACGCCAAGCUGGAAGAGUUACGGGCUCACUUCUCAGAGACGUUCAAGACAGAAUGGGGUUUGGAAGACCCAGAAACAAGAGCUAUCCAACAGCUCUUGGAAGUGAAUCCGGUAAAGGAUGCAGUUGUGACCCUCUACUCGUCUUCAGAUUUCUGGACCUUGAAGGAGUUCCGUGAGUCAUACCCUGGGAACCAGUGGGACUACGUUGAAAAGAAACCUAAAGACCCGGUGCCCUCUUCAAGCCAUCAUGCCGAGACCAUCCCCGCGUCCCAUACUCCAACAAGCCGCUGGAGUAGUAGGCAGGUUCCAAGUCAUCACAGCACAAUGCCCACAAUGCUCCCAAGCCUUUAUAAAACCAUGGCCAUGGAGAGUAAUGCUGAUGACUGGUCUGAAAUGCUUCCUGUCAGGGCUUCGCUUGAAUCUCUUCGAUCCUUCGACCUGCCCCUUGCUUCAAGUGAGCAAUCUCCGUAUUCUAGAUUGAUCGAAGAAUUCCUAAAUUUACCCCUGGGGGCUAGAGCAGGAGGAUUGGCCACUUUGUCAAGCUACAUGGUAACCGCACCCACAAGGCAAGGAAUCAUAGACUCAACCACCCAGGAGAACCAAAUUGAAACACUUGGUGCUGUUAGUACCAGUGAUGAACCCCCCAAUGAUGGACCCAUCAAUGAUAGUCCAGAAACAGGUACAAGCUCCUCAAAUAACCCACAUACUCAGGUGAAGGAGACUGAGGGACCUGAGGGACCUGAGGGACCUGAGUGA